AUGGCAGAAUACGAGGCUUGCAUUUUAGGCCUCAGAAUAGCUUUGGAUAUAGACAUCCAUGAACUAUUGGUAAUAGGCGAUUUUGACCUACUAAUUCACCAAGUACAAGGCGAAUGGGCCACAAAGAAUGCCAAAAUCUUAUCGUAUGUGAACCUCGCACAAAGGUUAUGCAAAAAGUUCAAAAAGAUUGAUUUCAAGUAUACACCAAUGGCUCAAAAUGAGUUCACCGAUGCUCUUGCUACUAUAGCAUCCAUGAUACAGCAUCCUGAAAGCAGUUAUGUUGACCCGCCGAAGAUAAGUCUAAGAGAAGAACAUGCUUAUUGUUCCCAUGUGGAGGCGGAACCUGAUGGCAAGCCAUGGUAUGCUUACAUAAAGAAAUAUUUGGGAAAAGGUGAGUAUUCGAGAAUACUACAAGCAAUCAGAAGAAAGCCAUCAGGAGAAUGGCCAAUGGAUUCCUUCUAA